GGAGGCGCCGAACUCGAGCCCGCUCGCGCGAUACUGACGAUGAAGAAGGACAUGGGCGGCGCGGCGCACGUGCUCGGGCUCGCGGCCAUGGUCAUGGACGCGGGUUUGCCGGUGCGGCUGCGCGUGCUCAUCCCCGCGGUGGAGAACGCCGUGUCCGGCGACGCGUUCCGGCCCGGCGACGUGCUCGCGGCGCGCAACGGCAAGACGACGGAGAUCGGCAACACGGACGCCGAGGGGCGUCUGGUCCUCGCGGACGCGCUCGUCGAGGCGUGCGCCGACGCGCCGGAGCUGCUCGUCGACUGCGCGACGCUCACGGGCGCGGGCCGCGUCGCGCUCGGGACGGACGUGCCGGCGCUCUUCGCCAACGAGGAGGGCGUCGACGUCGCGGACCAGCUCGUCGCCGCGUCCGCGGGCGAGCAGGACCAGGUCUGGCGCCUGCCGCUCUGGCCGGGCUACCGCGAGCAGAUCGACUCGAAGAUCGCCGACCUCAAGAACAUCGGCGCCGGCCCCUACGGCGGCGCCAUCACCGCCGCG